GGCCAAAAGGCUCAACAUAAAAGAGAAAGAAACCAAAAAGCAAACGGAGCAAAAAAUGCAAGCAGUCAAUUGAAAGUUAAUGAAGCAGCAAGGACUGUGAUUUGUCAAGUUUGUCGUAAUACUUUUUUAUGUACUAUAAGAGCUAAAGCAUUAUCUGAACAUGCUGAAAAUAAACAUAGCAAAAGGUUAGAAGAAUGUUUUCCUGGAUUUGUUGAAACUCAAAAAAAUUGA